AUGUCGGACAAGACGCCCUGCUUCACCCUCGUGGCCGACGAGGGUGACCUCGGCUACCAGACCCAGGACCUGCGCGCUGCCCUCGAGAAGGGCUCGGACGACCUCAAGCUCGACACGUUGCGCCGCAUCAUCGUCUCGACCCUCAAUGGCCAGCCGCAGCCUGCGCUCCUCAUGCCCAUCAUCCAGUUCGUCCUCCCGAGCAAGAGCAAGCAGAUCAAGAAGCUCCUCCAGUUCUACUGGGAGAUCUGCCCCAAGCAUGACGAGAACGGCAAGCUCAAGCAGGAGAUGAUCCUCGUCUGCAACGCCAUCCGCAACGACCUCCAACACCCGAACGAGUACAUUCGCGGCGCAACCCUGCGCUUCCUCCAGAAGAUCCGCGAGCCCGAGCUCCUCGAGCCCUUGAUCCCGACCUGCCGCUCGUGCCUCGAGCACCGCCACAGCUACGUCCGCAAGAACGCCGUCAUGGCCAUCUUCCAGAUCUACAAGAACUUCGAGUUCCUCAUCCCCGACGCGCCAGAGCUCAUCCAGACGUUCAUGGCCGCCGAGUCCGACACGACCUCGCUGCGCAACGCGUUCACGAUGCUGCAGGCCGUCGCGCCCAGUCGCGCCGUCGAGUACUUCCUCAGCGUCUACGACCAGGUGCCGCAGCUCGACGAGAUGAUGCAGCUCAGCGUCAUCGAGCUCAUCCGCAAGGAGAGCAAGGCCGGCGGCAGCGGUGCGACCGAGGGUGCCCUCAAGGCCCGGUACAUCAAGUGCAUCUUCGAGCUCCUCAACUCGGGCAGCCACUCGGUCAAGUACGAGGCGGCAGCGACCCUCACGACGCUCACGCAGAACCCGGCCGCCGUCAAGGCCGCAGCCGCCUGCCUGAUCUCGCUCGUCGUGUCGGAGCCGUCGAACAACGUCAAGAUGAUCGUCCUCACCCGUGUCGCCGCCUUGCACGCCAAGCACGAGCACGUCCUCGACGAGCUCGUCAUGGACAUCCUGCGCGUCGUCACCUCGCCCGACAUGGACGUGCGCAAGAAGGCGCUCGACAUCGCAAUGGACAUGGUCAGCGGCCGCAACGUCGACGACGUCGUCACGUUCCUCAAGAAGGAGCUCACGCGCACGCUCGACCCGUCGUUCGAGAAGGCGGCCGAGUAUCGCGCCCUCCUCAUCCAGACGAUCCACACGUGCGCCAUCCGCCACAGCGAGGUCGCAUCCUCGGUCGUGCACGUCCUCAUGGACUUCCUCGGCGACGCGACCAACACGAACGCCGUCGACGUGAUUGCGUUCGUGCGCGAGGUCGUCGAGAAGUUCCCCGAGCUGCGCAGCGGCAUCGUCGGCAAGCUCCUCGACACGUUCCCCGACAUCAAGAGCGGCAAGGUGUUCCGGGGCGCCAUGUGGAUCAUCGGCGAGUACGCCGCGAGCGCCGACGAGGUGCACGCCGCGCUGCGCCAAGUGCGCGCCGUCGUCGGCGAGGUGCCCAUCCUCGCGAGCGAGCAGCGCCUGCUCGACCGCGCCGAGCAGGAGGCGGCCGGCGCCGAGCCCGACCUCGUCAACGGCGACUCGGCCCUCGUGCACAAGCCCGUCGCGACCAGCUCGACCCGGGUCCUCGCCGACGGCACGUACGCGACCGAGACCGUCUUCAGCUCGUCGAGCACGACGGCCGCCGCGAGCCUCGAGGCCGUCAAGGCGGCGGCCAAGCCGCCUCUGCGCGCCCUCAUCCUCGGCGGCGACUUUUACACGGCGACGGUCCUCGCGGCGACCCUGACCAAGCUCGUCAUGCGGUUCAAGGAGCUCGUGUCGCACGAGGGUGGGGCGGCGAGGAGUGUCAACGAGUUGCGGGCUGAGUGCAUGCUCAUCAUGACGUCGAUCAUCCGGGUCGGCCAGUCGCACUUUGCGACCGUGCCCAUCGACGAGGACGCGUCCGAGCGCAUCAUGGCGUGCCUGCAGUCGCUCGCCGAGCUCGACUCGGCAACGGGCUCGUCCGAGCGCGCUCGCGCCGUCGAGGCCAUCUUCCUCCACGACACGCAGGCGGCGUACGCGUCCAUGGUCGCGCACGAGGAGAGCAAGGCGCUCGAGAAGAAGCGGCGCGCCGACAAGGCGAGCGCCGUCCAGGCCGACGACCUCAUCUCGUUCCGCCAGCUCGCCAAGAAGCCCGCCGGCGCCGACACGGACGAGUACGAGGUCGACCUCGUCGCGGCGACGGGCGCCGAGGCGGCCGCAAAGGACGACUUUGUCAGCAAGCUGCAGCGCGUCGUCCAGCUCACCGGCUUCAGCGACCCGGUCUACGCCGAGGCGUACGUGCACGUGCAAGGGUUCGACAUCCUCCUCGACGUCCUCAUCGUCAACCAGACGGCCGAGACGCUCCAGAACCUCACGUGCGAGUUUGCGACCCUGGGCGACCUGCGCCUCCUCGAGCGACCUGUGCCCUACACGCUCGGCCCGCAGAGCUUCCAGAGCGUCAAGGCGACCAUCAAGGUGUCGUCGACCGAGACGGGCGUCAUCUUUGGCAACAUCUUCUACGACAGCGAGCGGGCGACCGACAGCCACUGCGUCGUCCUCAACGACAUCCACAUCGACAUCCUCGACUAUAUCACGCCCGGCCACUGCAACGAGGCGCAGUUCCGAAGCAUGUGGACCGAGUUCGAGUGGGAGAACAAGGUCAACGUCAACACCAACAUCGACAGCCUGCGAGCUUACCUCCAGCACAUCAUGUCGUCGACCAACAUGGCUUGCCUCACGCCCGACGCCGCCCUCGAGGGCGACUGCGGCUUCCUCAGCGCCAACCUGUACGCGCGGUCCCUCUUCGGCGAGGACGCGCUCGCCAACCUGUCGAUCGAGAAGCUCGCCGACGGCACGCUCCAGGGCCACGUGCGCAUCCGCAGCAAGACGCAGGGCAUCGCGUUGAGCUUGGGCGACAGGAUCACCGUCAGCCAGAAGCAGGCGGCCUGAGCGGCUCGGGAGUGGCGGGUAGAUGGAGCGGUGGUGGGGUCGUCCGUGUAUACCUCUCGUUGCAGUACUCUCUUUGGCAUCACC